AUGCUCAGUAACUUGCACUUUAAAAUAUUGUUCCAGUUUUUGGGGAAAAAAAACCAUAUACCAAUGCAAUGUUGUGAUGAGGGAACUGAAAAAAAUCCAACUCAGACCCAUGGCUGCUUCAACAUUCAGUAUUCCUUUUACUCGCCCUCUUCAAGAAAGGUGUUUAAGGGAAUUAUUUUCUGCUUCUAUUUGUUUCUUUUCCUUCUAGAUGUGUUAUUGCAUUUUCUUAGUUGCUCAAUGUUGACUGUCCAGGUAUAUAGAUGUGGAGCUAGGCCAGGGUGUCCUGUGUGUCAAAACCCAGCAUCUCUUUGA